UUCUUUUUUCAGAUCUGGUCCUCCAUGCCACAAUGAGUUUUGGUGUUGUAAAGAAAGAGUUUAAUAAAGAGAAGAAUGAGGAUUUCACAUGCCAUCAGUGUGGAAAGAGCUUGUCAUAUAAAGCUAGUUUCAUAGACCAUAUGAGGAGUCACACUGGAGAGAAACCCUUCACGUGUCCUCAGUGUGGAAGGAGUUUCACACGUAAACAAGGCUUAAUACGUCACAUAAGGAUUCACACGGGAGAGAAGCCAUAUGUGUGUCAGAAGUGUGGAACUGCUUUCAGAAGUUGGGGAAAACGUAGGACUCACAAAAAGUCUGACUGUAUUGAGAAGCCAUUCAAGUGUCCUCAGUGUGAAAAGAGUUUCAAACGUAAAGACCUCUGCAGUCGUCACAUGAGAAAUCACAGAGGAGAAAAGCCUUUCUCAUGUCAUCAUUGUGCAAAGUGUUUUACAACUAAACGUAGCCUUAAUAUUCACAAACGUAUUCACGCCACAGAUAUUCCGUUAUCAUGCUCUCACUGUGGAAAAUAUUUUGCAUCUGAGAGCAACCUUGAGAGUCACAUGCGAAUUCACUCCAGAGAGAAGCUGUUCACAUGUGAUCAGUGUGGGAAGAGUUACAAAUGGUCAAGUAGUCUCAGAGUUCAUAAACUCUUUCACUCCGGAGAAAAGCCAUUUAAGUGUGAUCAGUGCGAUAAGAGGUUUGUCCUGGAAUCACGACUAAAGGCCCACAUGAAAACUCACACUAAAGAAAAGCCUUACUUGUGUUCUGUUUGUGGAAAGAGUUUUGCAUGGUCGGGCAGUCUUAAAGACCAUCUGAAAAUACACUCUGGUGUGAAAGAGUAUUUGUAAAAAGACUGUGGUAAAUCUUUUACUGCAGCCACUCAGCUGAAAGUGCACCGCAGGAUCCAUACUGGAGAAAAACCUUACAAAUGUUCACAUUGUGAGAAGAGUUUCAAACAGUCAGGAGCCCUAAAAGACCACGAGAGAAUCCACACUGGAGAGAAACCAUUCCAGUGCCUUCCAUGCGGCAGGAGAUUCACUCAUUCCAAAACUGCAAUGAUGCACAGAAAGAAGCAUUGCCCAAAACUGAAGUCAGUAUGACUGGAGGAACAAGAGCUUAAGAGCUCAGCAGUCCAUGAGUGCUGAAAUAUUGCCCUUGUUUUAGACUGUUUGGGAUUCGAAAUGUGAAAAAAGUUGCAGUCUUUCAUGUUAUAUACAUAAUAAAGAUUUGUAACUUUA